GUUAAUUUUCACUCAAACAGACGUUUCCGUUUAUGUCAUUGAGAUUUGACACUAUAGAAAUGUUUUCUUCUAAAACUGGCCAACAAAGACUUGGAUUUGAAAGGUCAGUGAAGCAUCGAUUUGAGUAUUAAUCAGAGAGUAUAUUAAAUGGUUUGUCGUCGUAGAAAAUGUAAGGCUGCAACGGAAUUCAGAGCUUCUCUCUUUUGGUUAAUUUCACACACUUUCAGCAUUUCAUGAGCCCACCUCCUGUGAGUGUGGAGUAGAUCUACUGUGCAAAGCUGUCUCCAGUCAUUUUCUGGAAUACUGUAAGACAUAUCAGUGGGUUUGGUCUUGUGUGUGGGAGUACUCUGUGCUUUUGUCAAUGUGACUGCUGCCAGCUAUCUAUGCCAUGUGUCAGUGUUUCUGAAGAGAUGCCACCCUAACAGAAUGACACUCUAUAAAAACAAACAUCCUAAUUCCAUUUCACACUUUUAGAUUUGUCACACAUGCUGUGACUGAUUAUCUUGCCAUGACUCCAAGAUCCAUUAUAUUCCAAAACAUUAUGCUUGCAUGGGUUCAUUUUGUACCCAUCCGGUUUUACUCAAAAGCCUGGACAAAUGAACUGAAGGUGGAUGUCAUUAGGUAAUUAUAUAAAAAAUUAGAGCAAUCAGAAGGUUUGUCUCCAGCUAAGUGAUCCAUUAGAUGGACGAAUGGACAGAUCCUCAUCGAGAUGUUCAUCUAAUCAAAUGAAUCUGGAACUGUUGUAAAAGGAUAGAUAUUAAAAUCAUUUAGAUCAAAUAUUGAUACUACCAUUCAGAUGUACUAGAUGAUGAUUGUGUGCCAAAGGCACCUGGAGAAUCACAAACAAACCAAGACCAAUUCAGUGUGACAGCAGUCAGCUCCCUCAGGACCACCAUGACCAAGACAACCGACAACAGCUGCCAAACACCGCCUGGCAGUGGAGAUGAGGGGGAGUCAAAGCUGUGGUUUCUAAGCUGACUGGUACCUCGUGCUAUACAAAAAAAUUCUCUCUCAUCCAAGUCCAAAUGUUUUGAUGAUUUUCAUGAAAUGUGAGACGAGACAAAAACACAGCAUCCUAAAUCCUGUUAAGAGAUGUGCUGUGUGGGGAAAAAAAUUGAAACGGAAAAAGACAAAUCCAGAGGGGAUUUAAUUUGAGAGAGAAAAAGAGAGUGAGAGAAAGAGAGAAAGAUAGAAAGAGAGAGCUGUAUUGGGAAUAAUCACAGCGUGAGAGGGAGAGACGUGAGGCGGUGCUUUGAAUAGGAAGCAGAGGCAAGGAUGGGAAGAGAUUAGUGCUGCGCUCUGUGGGCUCAUCACUCAAUGAAAGGACACUCUGGAAACAACAAGGGCGCUCAGCCUCAGGAGAACUGGGAAAGCUGCGAGUUUCGUUUUAGGGAUAUAUUAAACUUACUGGAAAACGCUUUGGACUUUCUGGAUGCUUUCAAAUCAGGAUAAUCUGUUUGAACAACUUCUAACCAUGGAUUGUUACAGCAAAGUAAGAACAGAGGAACUGGAUCUAAGAAGGUUCUGACUGACUUUUCUGGUAGGCUUUCCUGUGUAUGUUGUGCUAAUCGAGUAUAGUAUAGCAUAUAGUAACUGCAUACUGUUUUAUUCUUAGUCCGUUCCCUGCCCCAGAUACUGCCCAUCUGCAUGGUACACAGGAAAUUAGAUGGCCAUCUGUGAAAUAUUGGAAGACAUGACAGAUGUAAAACGACCUUUCUAGGAUUUAAGAGCAGAAGGCUUCCUGUAUCAACUGUGCUGGCGCUGUUCCUGGUCUAAUCCUGUUUAUGUGCAACCAAAAGAAUGACUUCUACAUCUUGUGUGGUUUUGAUCUCGGUCUUGGUUCGGCUCUCGGGGGCUAUUUGUCCUCAAGGCUGCCUGUGCAUAUCUGACAUACUGAACUGUGGCUCCUUGGGUCUGGAUAGAUUCCCUAACCCGCUUCCAUUCACAACUUCUGUCCUGGACCUCAGUCAUAACAGACUAACAUGGCUGGCAGCUGGCAGCUUCUACGGGCUCCCAAGGCUGCACACUUUGCAUAUGUCCCGUAACCGCAUCUCCUUGCUCAGCCCGGGAGCUUUCCAUAACAUCAGCAGUCUUCGAUACCUGGACCUCUCUUCCAACAAAUUGCAGGUGGUGGGGAAGCAUCACUUCCAGGACCUGCCAGCCUUGGAGGUGCUGUUGCUGUACAACAAUCGUCUUACCCGCAUGGAGAGCAACACCCUAAUGGGGCUCGGCAGUCUCAGGAAGGUUUAUUUCAGCCUCAACCAGAUCACAGAUUUCCCCUUCUUCUCGAUUCGUAAGCACAGCCACCCUAACCUGGUUACACUGGACCUCUCCUCAAACCGCCUGUUUCGUUUGCCUAUGGAUGACAUUGUGGUGUUGCCCGCUGCAGUGCAAAAAGGCCUGUUCCUGCACAACAACAGUCUGGAGUGCGAUUGCUCUAUGUACCGCAUGUUUUGGCACUGGGAGCAGAAGGGAUAUCCAAGUGUGAAAGACUACAAGGAUGACUACAAGUGUCUGAUGUACGGAGAGCCUCAAAUCUCAAUUAAUUUUCUGCGCUCUUCACACUUCUUUGAGAACUGUACGAUUGGGAAGAUGAUAUCCCUGAUAUCUCCGAAGGCUGAUAAAGUUGUUUACGAGGGUGAACAAGUGAGAUUGGACUGCACUGGGACACUAAACGGAGAAGACCUGUCUUACAGCUGGAUCAUUCCUCAUCGAGAAAACAUCUCUCAGCUGAUCCAGAACGGAUCUCUACAUCUCAAUCAAGACGGUAGCUUGGAUAUUCUAGCUGCUCAGUCCAUAGAUUCGGGCGUCUACCAGUGCACUGCUGUGGAUAAUACGAGGAUGAUCAAUGAAUCACGAGAAGUGAAUUUAACAGUGGUAGCCCAGCGCACCAUGGAGGAGCCGUUCAACACAGGCUACACCACUCUUCUGGGAUGUGUGGUGACCCUUAUCCUCAUAUUGAUGUAUCUGUAUUUAACCCCAUGUCGUUGUAGUUGCUGCAAACCUCCUCCUCCCUCUCCGGCCAUCUCAACCUUUGGGGAAGACCGCUGCACUCUGGCCUCCAUCUUUGCAGCUCCUUCAACUGAUCGACUCAAGAGCAAGUCUCAGUCCGACAGGCACGUAAUGUUCAUUGAGCCACUCAUGACAGGGAAAAACGGCCAUCCGAAAGCUGCAUUUGUUGUUGAACAACCUACAAUUGAAUGGGACACAGAAAACUUCAUAAUUAGAGAAAGAAAUGACUCUGAGUAGCAAAUAUGUGACUUCAAAAUCCCGCAGAAUUGCUUAAGCCUGUUUGAACCAUAGGGACAAGCAUCGCAAAUUAAUCUGUCGUAAUUCCCUAAUAAACUAUUUUGAUCCUCAGACUUAGAGGGUGUCUUCUGUCUCACAGU